CACCUCAUUCUUCGUUCAAACCAUUAGAAAAAGAUGGUUCCUACAGUAUUGUGAUAUCGCAGAAACUGACCGUUACUUAGAAACACGAGUUGCAUUUUUAAAAGAACUGUAUUUAAGUAAAUUAUGUGUACUUGAUUGAUACCGGAAGUCACUGUGACGACUACUUCCUGUUAGAAAUGAUCAGAGUCUAUGUUAAUCGGUGUGAUAAGCUUCUUUAUUGCAAAGUUAUGGUGAUAUAUCCACAAGAGAAUAAAUUGCAGACGAAUUUCUUUAAACGGAGGAGUUUUUAUAGGAACCGGAUGUUGAACUYGUGUUUGCAGAGAGGGAGUCGAUAUUUGCAUAUUGUUCAACUAGUUUACUCACUUGAAGGACAAGACGCGRACAAAUCGCUGAAAAACUAUUAGUUCAAAACAGGUGUUUGUCAUCGCUACUUCAUUUCAAGAUCGUUUCUUGAAUUCAAAGCCGCAUUUUGAAUACUUAAAAGACAAUAUAAUUCGUUCACCACGGACAAAGGACGUCACCAAUCGCUGAUCAACACAGAAAGKGUGGUGAGAGGUAACUAAGGUGAAAACUCUCCUGGUUUUUAAUAAUAUUCCAAUGAAUUGACUACCACAAACACAGCGUAUUUCACUUCUAUGUAAAGAAACGCUUGAUGAUGUAAUGGACUUUAUGAGCAAGAAGUUUCGAGUAAGGGUAAAUAAUAGUUGUAGCAGUUCAAGAAGUGGUCGCCGCUCAUGCGGGAAGAUGGCGACGGAUAGCAGUGAUGAUAACCCGAUAUGGCCAUCAAUCGCCGGUCCAAGCGUUCCCGAAAACAAUCCAAAACUAUGGAAAACACCGCGUCUUGAUAUGAGUAGCUCUUUGUCGUUUUUGCGACGCGAGUUGGCCGCUAUGCAGCUUCAGGACCGUGGAAUACACAAACAAUUACUGGCAUUGAAUUCUGUCAUACGGGAUCUCAAGACCACCCUUCAWGAAUCAUGGGAAAACGAAGAYACUCUGAACCAGACUCCCGAAGACGAUGUAGACGGGGAGGCACUAUGUUCUACUAAUACACAGGUAUCCCACACUAAGCAAGAUUCAGGAAUUCUAACAGAUGAGGAAAGUGAUGAAGAAUGCGACAUCUUUGAACCUCAAGAUGUGGUCCGUCCACUUCGAGGCAGAUCACAAAGUACGUCUGCAAUCUGCAUUUCCAGCGGUAGUUAUACAGGACCAGAACUAGACAUCAAUCAAAAUGUCAAAACAUCAAUCAAAGGUCGAGUGAUAACACCUCGACCCAGGUCCCACACUGUAGGCGAAGGACAAUUCCACAGGGUAACCAGCAUGCCUGUGAUCAAUGAAAUCCCGGGUAGUACAAACUUUACAUUCAGCGGUAAAGCGUUCGCCGUUUCAGGGUAUCUAAACAGACCAAGAAGUUCACACGAGACGUCGUCUCCUGCUUCUCUUUCUCGGCAUGGUAGUAUGCCUGUUAUCUCGAAUAUUGGAAGGACUAACGUACGGCAUGUUCGCUCAGAGACGGUGCCGAUACACAGAGGUCUUCACAAAACCUUCAGCUCAACUAGUCAGGUUAAUAGGACAAACAAAAAACCGCUGUACAGAAUAUGGCGGUCGUCAAGCCAGAUAUCAUUAGUAUGAAGAAUGGUUAUGAGUUCCUCCACCCCUAACCC